GGAUCAACGACAGGUAUGUUCUGCGGCCUGUCUCGGAUCACGGAGCUGUGCCACAGCUAUACAGUCAAACUAUCGCGUACUAAUUCAUUUCCAGAUUUACGGAUGCUGGGCUUGCACAGUAAGUGCGAAGCGCCUAGUUCUUGAAAGGAAGGCAACCUGACUUGAAUUCAGGCUGUGUUAUCAUUCUGCCGAUUGAGUCCCAUAUAGGAAAGUGAGAACGUUGCCACGCUUACUUUCCAUAGCUUGGCAGAUCCUAUAGGAUUUUACUCUUGCCCUUACAUCCAGAACUGCAAGUCUCAUAGGGUAAUUGUCAGUUAGCCGUUGCCCCGCCAAGAUGACUAGCGACUCUGGCAGUUAUCUCUGCUGAUGUAGGAAGUAAGAAUGUAUUGCCGAGAAUGUUAUUCUCUGUCCAAUGUCGUCAAUGCCAGCGAGCUAUAAAGACUAUAUGCUAGCACCCAGGAAGGCAAAUUAUAACUCAGUCUCAUAAAUCACACCAGCCCAACAAUUUCAACCUCUUUAAGUCUGACUAUCACUGUCUUCAAGUCACAAAACUUCCUUCAAGUCUCAAAAUGCGUUUCUCCAUCGUCACGCUCCUGACCGCCGCCAUGGCCGUGACCACUGCGGCAAGCUCUGUGGAAGCUGAGAAGCGUCAGCUUUCUGCUUGUGUUCAGCAAUGCAUGGAUGAUCUUGGCAUUUAUGACGGACAUGCCAUUUCCCAGUGCAGGAGAACCUGCGGUGAACGCCCUUGA